AUGGUCCAAUUACUCGAAAAUGUCGAAAUUCAGUACGAUGAUAUUAUUCUUAUCGAAAGUUUCAUCAAUAAAGAGCCAUUUCUCACUGCAAUCAAGCUCUGUUCAAGGAAAGUACAGAAUACAAUCAUCAAUACCUCAAGAUCCCUCAGUCCAAAAUUAUAUAAAUUUAUUUCAUCGAAUUUGGGCAUUGUUGAGGAGAUCAAUGAUCUAUAUGAUGAAAAUCCAACAGUAAGGAAGAGCUUUAUCAAGAAAUCAGUCUCUUUCUUUGAAAAUGAGAAAUUAUUUCCAAUAAUUGAAACAAUUUUAUCGAGACACAUCGAUAACAAUGCAGAAGUAAGAUUAAUGGUACUAAGUAUUGCGGAAAUCGCAAUAAAAAGAGAUAUAAAACCAUUGCUUUCUUCAUCAUUUGAUUCUUUAUCAGAAAGAAUCACAGAUAAUGACGAAAGAGUCAGAAUGAAAACUUUGGAAAUAAUCUCUAAGUAUCCAAAUGUUCCUUUCAUAUUGAUGAAGAAAGGUGCACAAAGAAUUGCUGACAAAAACAAUUCAAUUCAAUAUUUGGCGGCAAAAUUGACAUCUAAUUUGGUCAUUUCACUUUUUGACAAAAUGAAUCAAACAAAUGAAGAACAACCAAAUGAAAACUUAAAUGACAACGAAGAAAUCAUCGAUGAUGACGUGAGUUUUAUCAAUCUAAAAACAAGAAAUUCAUAUGAAGAAAAUGUCACUUUUUAUACUAAAAAGAAAACUUCAACUAGAGAAAGAAUUAACUCAAGAAAAGAAGAAGAAAAUGUCACUUUUCUUUAUCCAAAGAAAUCUUCAAAGGAAGGAAAAUUUGAUUCUAGAAGUGACAACGAAAAUGUCACUUUUUAUAAUCCAAAGAAAACUUCAACUAGAGAAAGAAUUAACUCAAGAAAUGAUGAAGAAAAUAUUGUUAUUCAUUAUGAAGAUAUUUUAAGAAAUAAUAAAGGGAUUGACAAAGAAAUUACAUAUUUUAUGACUUUGUGGAUUGACCAUUCGAGUGAAAAUCAUUUGAUACAAAACAUGAUGAAUGAAAUUCACUCAAAAACAGGUUUGAAGUUCAUUGUUUCUCAUUGUAAUUCUUCUCCUCAAAAAUUGUUUAUUUCAUUGUCAAAUGUCACUUUACAUGGCAAAGAAAUUCUAACAUGUG